UUCAAAUUUUUAGAAAACAAUGGUGCAGUGUGGUAACAUUAGGACGCUGAUAUGCAAUUCAGAAGAGGAUUACAAUAUUUAUGAUGACGAAUUCGAUUCCCUUGGAUCUCUCAAGAAACCUCGAAAUAAGAAACUCUUCAUUUCGACAAUCGCCUUAGCGUUUCUUAUUCUUGCAGCUAUUCUCAUCACAAUAUUCCUCCUGACUAGAAAUAAUUCACCUAGAGCCACGUAUGACAGAAAAAACGACUCAAAACUUCUGGAUCUUAUAGAGGUGUCACCUGCUGCUCAAAGACUACCAAAGAAAGGAAAACUGUUCUGUUGGGUUCAGACAUCAACAAUCUAUCACGAUACAAGGUCACUUGCAAUUAAUGAAACAUGGAUCCAUAGAUGUGAUCAUGGACAAUUGUUCACUUCUGAGAGGUUCAAUGACACAAGGAUACCGUAUUCAACAGUUUUCAAGGGCAUUCCUGACGAUUACUACAAUCUAUUUUUCAAAAGUCGAUAUGCUUUUCAUCACAUCUACACAAACAUUUCAUCAGAGUUUGAUUGGUAUUUGAAAGCCGACGACGACACGUUUGUCAUCGUGGAAAACCUGCGAUCUUUCCUGUCAACACUGAAUCCCGACGAGCCACAUUAUCUUGGAUACGUAUUGAAGCCAUAUCUAAAGAAUGGAUACAAUGCAGGAGGGGCUGGUUAUAUUCUUUCAAGGGCCGCAUUGAAAAUAUUCUCAGAGCAGUUGUACUCAAAUGCCACGUUGUGUCCGGAUGAUAUCUAUGAGGAUGUUGGAAUUGCAAGAUGUCUUGCAAAUGCAGGAAUGUAUCCAGAAGAUACUCGAAACUCUCUCGGACAGAAUCGGUUCAACACAUUCUCGCCUUCGGAUACAUUCCAUCAAACAAAAGCUGGCAUUGAUUGGGUCAAAUUCAAAGAAAAUAAAGGUUAUGAAGCAUUUGCCAAUGAUCUAAUCUCAUUUCACAAGCUUUCACCGGAUGAAAUCCGACUUUUCGAUAUUCUUCUUUAUAGAACAAAUAGGAAAAACGAAUAGACAUCAGCAUCAAUUUUCGGACUUUAGCCCCCAAUCAAUUUCCGUGAUUUCCUGUGAUUAUCCCAUUUGUAUCUGUGGCACUUCAUGUUCAUGUUUUUCGAUUCCAAUCCAUUUCGAAUCUCGCCAAGUUUAUUUUGUUACGGGUUUCUCAACUCAUAUCAAUUUCUUUUAAAUAAAUUAUUUUUCCGUCU